AUGAUUGAUGCAGUGAAGGAUGGAGUGGAAAUGUUGUUUUUGAUUAAUCAUGUUGAAGACGCUUGUCGAUAUUUACAGGCGCAGGGACUUUGGAAAGAAAGCUGUAUUUUUGCUAAGUACAAGAACCCUAUGACACUUGAGGAUUAUUCAGAAAUGGCACAGAAGUGGAUGGAACAUUUAAUCUUAACAAAUACUCAAAAGGGACUUUGUUGCCUGCUAGCGUUAAGUCAACGAGAUUGGGACCGAACAUUGAAAUUACUGGCGAUGGCUUCGCAAGGACAUGUGGCAAAACAGCUUGAGAAAGUACUCGAGCAAUAUUCGAUUGCAGUUGCAAAGACAACUGAGCAGUCGCCAACUGUGUUAAGGGAUGAAAUAUUCCUGGUGGUGAUGUGCCAUUGGCAAAUACAAGUAACUGCCGAACACAUAUUAGUGGUAUAA